AUGGAGAACUGUGUUAUCAAAAAUUCUAAGAGGCCGUACCAUUCUACAAUGGGACCCUUACUUGAGGACUUUAACACGCUUUCCAAAAGGCGAAAAAAAUUAUUUGAUAAUAUAAAUACACAAAUUGAUACUCUAAUAAAGCUAUUACAGGAUACCGAUGACAAACUUAAUUCUAACCACCUAAAUCAUUUAAAUAAUCAUAAUUUAAAUGGGUUAAGUCAUCACUGUGAUCAAGUAAAUAAUAAAUCCAAUGAAUUAAAUGGAUUAAAUCACACUAAUGACACGCAUACUACCAAUGGAGUUGAUUCUGAAGUACAUAAUCAUGUAAAUGAUUAUACAAAAGGAAAUGAACACAAUGGUAUUAAUGAAACUAAAGAAGUGGUCUUAACGGAUCGUUCAAGCGGAACCGAUGACGAAACGGUGACGUUGACUGAAAGGUCGGACAUAAAAUCAGAAAAUCCUCCAGAAAAUAAUAAGGAACAAAAUUCAUCAGGUAAAUUUGAACCUUCUGAUUCUAAAAUUGCUGCAAAAUAUGACUCCAGCGAUACAGGAAAUGAGACAUCCUCUACAGAUUUUAAUAAUGAGCAAUCGCUGUGUGAGUGUAAGAAGCAGUUGAUAAGGGAUUUGGCAUCGACAGUUAAAUCGUAUGACAUAUACAGAAAGAUAAAUAGGUCAUUGAAGGUGUUUAACGUACAGUUUAAUGACAUGGGACGCUCACUACUGGGAAACUGCUCAAAAGAUAGUCACGAGCUACUAUCUCCAGUCAAAUUGGAUGAAAGACUAGUAUGCAGAAUGAUAGGAAUGCACCUACUACACUAUGGACUUUUUGACGUGUAUGAACAACUUAAGCUGGAAUCCGAGCGUCUUUGGGGAGCUAACCAUAUUGGAACAAUAGGAUCUGUGAUGGUUACAGCAUAUAGAACACUGCAUGGCCUUCUUGAUCAAAUAAGGAACGGAGACAUUGACCCAGUACUUGAGUGGACAAAACUUCAAUACGAUAGCUCCAAUCUCCACAUCCAACGUUUCAAUGAAAUUAUGAUUAAUUUAUACAAAAUACGCUUUUUAAGCUUCCUGUACAAUUUUAAGCCUAGCCUUAAUGGCUGUAAAGAACAAAAUAACACUAAUGGGAACCCAGAUAGCGAUAUAAUUCAGCAGGUCAAGAACAGUGGAAUAACAUCACUGUGGAAGAUCCAUAACGACGAGAUAGGGAAGUUGGUGACUCAGCUGAUACUAGGAGAGAAUAAACCAACGGAGUCGGAGUUUGAUGAGCUUAAGAAUAAGACUAUAAAAAUGUUCACGAAGUUGUUUUGCGAGUCAGGAAUCCUGAUCAAGAAGCCACCUAACUACGAUAAGAGACCGCUACUCUCACAGGUUGUAGAUGAACAAUUUAGUUACAACACUGAGACGAAGACGGAAGAAUUGCCAGAAGAAGAGUCACCUAAACUUGAAGAUUGUCUGAAAAUAAAUGACAAUACAACCUUAUUAUUCGCAUACAGACCGAUUCUUAACGAUCAGGCAAACAGAAGCUGUAGAGUGAAGUAUAAUUCAUGGCUUUUGGCACUUGGCACAGAACUUGAAACAACAGUAACAAAGCCGGCGCCAGAAUUCUACAAAACACCUUUGAGAAGAGACUGGCUUAAUCUAUCCGAGAAAAUUAGGCCGAAACAACCGAAAAUGGCCUACAGAUAUCUGAACUCCAAGUCACUAGAAAAUGGAAGAAGAAUCAACUUUAUAAGGAAUAAACUGUGCAACAAUUCAACUCUAGACCAGUCACCAUCGAUGUCAAAAUCAGUUCUGAUUACAACACUAUGUGAUCCAGAAACAUUUUGCAGGCAAAACUUGAGCAUAUCAGAUAAUAUGCUGAACAACAUACCAUAUUAUGUUGAAAAUCAAUUGACAGAAGACGAAACGAGUUCUCUGGGAAUGUAUACAGACCCGGGAGACUGGACGUCGUCGAGGAUUGAUAGGACCACGACGGUUCUCAUAGCAACGGGUUCAGAAGAGUCGGAGGAGGGAAUUUUAGGCCUAUCGAAUAUGGGAAGACUAAUUGAAAACUAUUCAUCAUCUGUAUCAUCAGAGGAGUCCUCGCAGAGGACGACACCGACAUUCUCACUGACGGUGUUUGCAGGACCCUCUAUCUUUAGAGACUCUAGGCUCUCCUCACAGCUUAUGGAAGCAGAUAUUAUCUCUCAGAGACUACUUAAUGUGUCUCCGGGCUCAAGGAUUAGGAUUAGGGUCCCAACGCUGACAGAAGAGGAGCUGAGAAGCCCUCCGAUGAGAGAAACACUAAUUAGCCCCUAUGAACCACCAGCCGCGGAACCGCCAGCGGUUGUUGAGGAGGAAGAACAAGCUUCAACAACAAUUGAACGUUCAAGCAUAACUCUGAGGGAUAUACUUAGAAUGAUCAUGAGAGGAUUGAGAGUAGAAACCCAGUCGACGGUAGUUAGAUUUAGAGGAUCAAGACAACAACAGAAUCUUGAAGAUUCAAGAACAUCCCCUAACGACUCAGACUCACCCAAGGAUAAAGUAACGACACACAAGAGAUUAAUAAGACCAAAAUCAUCAACUAAAUCUGAAUCUCAAGUUGAUUCAGAUUAUAUUAAAGUACAUUUACCAUAUGAAAGUCCACUUUCUGUUGUUACAUGCGCCGGGCACGUAACAUUCCCAUAUCUGUUGGAUGUGUUGAAGGUGCUGUUUAAGGAGAGGUGUGAAGUGUCGUCGAAGGUAGGAAUGUGGCUAAAGUCAAACCAACAAUUGCCAGUGGAAUCAGAUUUGGGACCAGCAUUCCACUUCCACAGCUACCUAACCUGCGCGGUCUCAAAAGACCAAACAAGUAACGAAAACUUGCCAAUAAUGCUCUCAUGUGGGCAUGUAAUCUGCAAAAUAUGCCACGACCGACUAAGCGGGAAAAGGAGGAAAAGGUUGUUCAAAUGUCCAAUGUGUCCAACCAUGGUGGAACCAAAUCAGGUAAAUUCCAUCAAAAAUAAUAAAUUUUCAGACAAUGGAACUCUACCUCGACUGGAACUGCAGCCAUAA